GUUUGUCAUGGGGUUAGUUUAUAGUGUGCUAGUGGGAAUUGGUGGAGCAUGACCAACUUUUCCUUUUCUUUUCUUAAGAAAAGCACAAUGUGUUACACAACCCUUUAAUGAUCAUAGUAAUUAGCGGGGUUUAAUUACUUUCUCGGAAAAUUCACCAUUGUCCGCGAAAAGUUGAAGAUUUUUGAGAUUUAAGAACACCCUUUAGGAAGUUUUGUGUUGCUAGCUAGAUUAGUUAGUUUAGUGCUAGUGGGAAAUGGCAGAGAGGCAGAUAGUGAUGGAGGUUGGGGAGAAGGGGAAUGUUGGUGCUUCAACUAACGGUGAAGAUGAUAGCGAUGGUGUUCUUGGGGAAUUGAUGGGAGUGAUUGAGGCCGUUGGAUCGUAUUCGGGGUUUCGGAGGACGCACAGGAAGGAAUGCUUGAACUUGGUGAGGAGGUUGAAGCUGUUGGUGCCACUUAUAGAAGAGAUGAGAGAAUUGGACAUAUUGAUACUUUCUACCACCAAGGCUUUGAAUUCUUUGGCUAGUUUGAAGGAAGCACUUGUUUCAGCUAAGAAGUUGUUGAGGAAUUGUAGCUGUGAAAGCAAGAUUUACUUGACACUAGAAAGUGAGGCAGUGAUGGGAAGAUUUCAUGCAGUUUAUGAUAAACUAAGCCAGGCUUUGGAUGAUUUUCCAUAUAAUGAGUUUGGAAUCUCAAUUGAAGUCACAGAGCAAGUUGAGCUAAUGCGAACGCAACUCAGACGGGCGCAGAGACGGGCUGAUACGCAGGACAUGGAGCUAGCAAUGGAUAUGAUGGUUGCAUUCUCUCAGAAAAAAAAAAGCAGGAAUGUUGCAGACUUGGAAGAGGAAACAGUGGCUGUUAGAAAGCUAGCGAAGAGAGGAUCAUUAAGGCAGAAUACUGAAAGCAUUCAACAAAUCACUGAUCUUUUGGGAAAGUUCAAGGAAAUUGCAGGCAUUUAUGAGGACUUCUUGCUUGAUGGUCCAGUUUCAACAAGAAGUCCAAGGAAGUGCCAGUCUUUGUUGAUCCCUCAUGAAUUUCUCUGUCCAAUUACAUUGGAGAUCAUGACUGAUCCUGUUAUUGUGGCAACUGGACAGACUUAUGAAAGAGUAAGCAUACAAAAGUGGCUCGAUUCGAACCACCGCACCUGCCCAAAGACAGGACAGACAUUGGAUCACUUAUCGCUGGCGCCAAAUUUUGCCCUCAGGAACCUAAUCCUGCAAUGGUGUGAGAAGAACAAUUUUGAACUGCCCAAGAAGGAGCCUUGUGCAGGUUCUGAUGACUCAUCUGCUGAAAUCAUAGAGGAAGUGUCUUGUUUAGUACAAAAUCUAUCGUCUUGUAAUUUGGAAGUCUUAAAAGAAGCCGUUUUCAAAAUCCGUAUGCUCUCCAAAGAGAAUCCGGAGAACAGAAUUCUGAUUGCUAAUAGUGGAGGAAUCCCCCAACUGGUUAAGCUCCUGUCUUAUCCCGAUUCGAAGAUUCAAGAACACACCGUGACAGCGCUUUUAAAUUUGUCAAUUGAUGAGGCAAACAAAAGACUCAUAGCCAGAGAAGGGUCCAUUCCUGGUAUAGUUGAAAUCCUUCAGCAUGGAACAGAUGAAGCUAGAGAGAAUUCUGCUGCUGCAUUGUUUAGCUUAUCGAUGCUCGAUGAGAACAAAGUACUAGUGGGAACUUUGAAUGGAAUUCCUCCCUUGGUAGAUCUUCUGCAGAAUGGAACAGUCAGAGGUAAAAAGGAUGCUGCCACUGCAUUAUUUAACUUGUCUUUGAACCAAGCCAACAAGUCUAGAGCCAUCAAUGCUGGUUUAAUACCACCAUUGCUUCAUUUACUUGAGGAUAAGAGCUUGGGCAUGACUGAUGAAGCCCUCUCAAUUUUGUUACUCCUUGCAUCACAUCCCGAGGGUCGAAAUGAGAUGGGCCGGCUCUCUUUCAUCGAAACCCUGGUCGAAAUUAUCAAGAAUGGAACCCCCAAGAACAAGGAAUGUGCUACAUCAGUCCUUCUAGUGCUGGGAUUAAACAACUCAUCUUUCACUUUGGCUGCUCUUCAGUACGGAGUGUAUGAGCAUUUGCUGGAGCUGGCUAGAUGUGGAACCAAUAGAGGGAAAAGAAAAGCAAAUUCCCUUUUGCAACACAUGAGUAAGUGUGAGCACAUUCCCUAACCAACAAAAUAAAAAACUUGAUUUAUAAUCUUUAAUCAUUCUUGAGUGUUGCCUAAUUAAGUUUUAGUGGAGUAAAUCAUAGUUCAAGCUGUGUUAUGUUCUUUCCUGUGUGUCUUUGUGCCAAAGAGAGUGAGAACAUAUUCAGGUAUAGAUUGUAAAAUGCUAAAAAGAGUCUUUGAAGUGAAAUAAGGUUUUUUUUUUCUUUCAAGA